AUGAGGAGGUCGGUGCUCCCGCUGCUCGUGGCCGCCCUGGUCGCCGUCGCCGCUUUCUCGGCGGCGGGGGUGGCCGCCGCCUGGACGGCGAUCGGCAACCCGAGGAGCCUGGUGAUCAGGCAGAUCGGUAACUUCGCCGUGAUCGUCUACAGCCACGCAGAGCCCCGCAAGACCCGGCCCCUGGCGCUGGUCGACGUCGUGCGCGGCGAGACCCAGCCGGUGGGCUCAGGCGUCACCGACUACCGGCUCGUGCUGAACGUGAGGAACACCGCCACCGGGAGCACGGGGCUCUACCAGUGCGUCGUGCGGGGCAAGCCCGGCUCGCGCGCCACCACAUGGGAGCUCCACAGCUUCGUGCAAUACAAGCAGGCGGCGGUCUAG